AUUUUUAAUAAUUCAGCUAAAAUUAUAUUUUUCUUUAUCCUAAUAACAGGAACUAUAAUUACCGUCUCGUCUAAUUCUUGACUAGGUGCUUGAAUAGGAUUAGAAAUCAAUUUAUUAUCAUUUAUCCCCCUAAUAAAUAAUAAUAACUUGAUAUCUACAGAAGCCUCAUUAAAGUACUUUUUAACUCAAGCUAUAGCCUCAGCUGUAUUACUAUUUGCUAUCAUAAUAAGAUACCUAAACAACCAUCCUAUUAUACAAGAUAAUACCAUCUACGGUGACUUAAUAAUUACUUCAUCAUUAUUGUUAAAAAGUGGUGCUGCACCUUUCCACUUCUGAUUCCCUAAUGUAAUAGAAGGGCUCUCCUGAAUAAGUGCACUCACUUUAAUGACAUGACAAAAAAUCGCCCCCCUUAUAUUAAUUUCUUACACUAUACAAAGCAAUUUUAUUAUCUUAGUAAUUAUUACUUCGACUAUUACCGGUUCCUUAGGAGGGCUUAACCAAACCUCCCUAAGGAAAUUAAUGGCUUUUUCAUCCAUCAAUCAUUUAGGAUGAAUACUAGCAGCUAUACAAGCAAUUGAAUCACUAUGAAUUAUUUAUUUCUCUUUUUACACAUUCCUAUCUUUCAGCCUAAUCUUCAUAUUCAAUAGCUUCAAAAUAUUUCAUAUUAAUCAAUUAUUUAAUUCAUUUUUCAGUUCUAAAAUUCUAAAAUUCACCCUAUUUUUAAAUUUAUUAUCUUUAGGGGGACUACCGCCUUUUAUCGGAUUUUUACCUAAAUGAUUAGUUAUUCAAUUCCUAGUGUUAAAAAAUCAAUACAUCUUAAUAACAAUUAUAACAGUAAUAACAUUAAUCACAUUAUUUUUUUAUUUACGAUUAUGCUUCGCAGCCUUUAUACUUAAUUAUUACGAAAACAAUUGACCUACUAAUAUAAAAAUUAAUUUUAUCUCUUUCAAAAUUAUAUUAACCCUAUCUUUCAUCUCCACUUUCAGUUUAAUCCUAGUGUCUAUAAUUUAUUUAUUCUUAUAA